CGUGUGCGCGAGUGACGCAGUAUUAUGACGUUGUCUUUAGUCAGAGUUCUGCAACUUGAUGACUGUAAAAUGUUUUAUUUUUCAGUUUAAAAUUAAGCCUCUUCAAUGGACCUAUUGUUUCCGUCACCGGGUUCAGUUGAUACUGUUAAUAUAAAGUGGCCCCUGCUGUGAUGCCUUCAACCAUGUCUCAGAUUAGUGAUCCGAAGAUCGCUUUUGCCUACCUACGCCCGGCCUGUGUCUUACUCACCCGGGAGCCCACUGUGAUCAAUGUGGAGACACUGAGGGGGCAGUUAAAAGAAGUGGAUGAUGCCACAUUGCAGCAGCUCCAAGAGUACAUCCUCUUUCCUCUUCGCUUCGUCCUUAAAGUUCCAGGGCCUAAGAAGGAGAAGCUGGUACAGGCUGUUGCUGAGGCCAUGAGCUACGUUCUGGAGAACACUUGUGUCCAGAGCUGGGAGACCCUCCACAACCUCCUCUCAGAGCUCUGCCUCUGCCUCUGCUGUCCAAAUGAUCCAGGGAAACCUGCGGAUACAUCAGAGGAGCUGAAAUUGGCUGUGCUCCACUGCCUUGAUGCCCUGCUUCAUGCUGCGUAUGGUGAUAUAGUCUUCAAACUCUUUGAACCGAUGAUGCUGCCUGGAUUAGGUGCUGCCAUAUCGCUGCUGCUGGCUUUAGGCGAGAAGGAGAAAUCUCGAGAAAUACAGGAGGCGGCUUUGAAGUGCCUCCAAUCUUUGACUCUGCAGUGCGACUGCUCUCAGGAGCACAUAGUCCCAUCCUCAGACGAACGAUGUUCUGCAGGCAACACCAUGGCGUCAUUCUUACCUGGGAUAACGAUCGCUGCAACCAGGAUCAUUACAGGAGAUUUGAGACAAGGCCAUUCAGUCACAGUCAGGGCCAUUAAGCUUUGGUCCAGGACUGUGGGUCUUGUUAUGGAAGACAUCCAGCUUCAGGCCAGUGAGUCCUGGAAAGCACCUUCAGCGGACCUCGGGAGAAUUGGCCAGCUCAUGAUCCAUCGGACACCAAACUGGGUGAAGACCACUGAGGGUAAACUGUCACUGCUGCUGAAGAAGAUCAUCUCCUGCACCUCAGCCCACCAGCACUGGAGGGUUAGGUUGGAGAUGGUGGUGAUGGCUGACCACCUGCUGGGCGGGUGCAGUCAGUCACUGGGAGAGUGUGUGGGACUGCUACUGGAAGCACUGGUGGGAGCAAUCAAUGACGAGGAGCCCAGAGUUAGAGAGAGGUGUGGGCUCGCUCUCAAAGAGAUAUCACAGAGGAAUCAGAGAUGCAGUAACAGCAGUGAUAAUACAACGAACCACAGCAGCAGCAGUCAGACCUUCACCAAUGUCUUGUCUGAGAAUCUCUACUCCUUAGCCACCUCCCUUCCCAGACUAAUGAGGACCUCUGAUGACCAGAAGAAGCUGUUUGUCCUCAACGUUUUUCUUGGAUACUUGAAAGUACUGGGACCUCUAGUCUCUGUGGUGUUGAACUCUGCUGCACAUCUGGAGAGGAUUUCCAAAGCUCUGAUGCAGGUGCUGGAGCUGGAUGUGAUGGAUGUUCGCAUCGUGGAGGAAAGGAGUUAUUCUGCUACUAUAGAGACGAGCUCAGAUUCUUACAAUACAAACAUACACAGGAAACAUUUUCUCUACUUCACAGACGAGAAGAUUUUCUCUGUGCUUAUGGAGAUCUGUCGGACAUUAGGUUACUACGGCAACAUUUACCUGCUGACUGAUCACCUGCUGGAUCUGUACCGCCAGUCUUCAGCAUACAGAAAGCAGGCUGCCAUGGUGCUAAAUGAGAUAGUCAGGGGUGCUGCUGGAAUCGCCGUGGCAACGCAGGGUCAGGGAUUGGAGAAUGAAGUUCAGCGACACUCUACCACCCAGGAAGACCUUAAAGUGGCAGUGAUAUCUGUCAUGGAGGAAUACACCAGUCUGAACAACUGGCACUUGAUUACUGUUGGUGAGGAAACGGACAUAGACCAACAGGAUCAGCAGCUGCUUAGCCCAUCCAGGCUGCUGUCCAUAUCCAACAGUGAUAUCUACAGUAAUGCGAACUCUGUCCAAGUUAUUACUCCGUCAUUUGCCCCCCUUCCUCCCUCGUCAUCUUCCUCCACAAUCCACCAUCUCAACAGCAUCAUCUGGCAGCUGUGCAUCCAACUUGAGGGCAUUGCCAGCUUUGCUCAGGCGUUGGGGCGUGACUUCCGUCCCCUGUUGAUGACCUCACUGUAUCCUGUGCUGGAGAAAGCUGGUGAGGAGACACUGCUGGUCAGCCAGACAGCGCUCAUGUCCAUGUUAGACAUCAGUGAGGCCUGCGGCUACCCCUCCCUGAAGGAACUGAUCAAUGAGAACUCUGACUACCUCCUCAAUGACAUAUCUCUCAACCUUCAGAGACUCGGGCAACAUCCUCAGGCUCCACGGGUGUUGACAGUGAUGUUAACUCACUCUGACUGCAGCCUGCUGCCACUGGUCGGGGACAUUGUUCAGGAUGUGCUGAUGGCUCUGGAUCUCAGCUACGACCACACAGCUGCUCUUUUCUGCUCUGUGCUGCACGCGCUCAUGAAGGCUCUAGCAAAGUGGUUUCCCUUCAGCUGCAACAAGACCAGUAAAUCUACCAGUUCCAAGCAGGAAGCCCUCAACAUCCGCCAGUUCCUUCUGGAUUACUGCAAACAGAAAGAGUUAGCAGAGGGCAUUGGGAUAGAAGAGGACAACACUGAGGACCUUGAUGUCCCUCCUCCUCCCACAGAGUGUGAGGAUGAAGAAGAUAUUUGUGGCCCGGAUGUGAAAGCAGAGCUCCCUUCUCAUCUCACCAUCACUAAAGAUGUUAUGGAGCGCUGCAUUCAUCUGCUGUCCAACCCCAGUCUCAGGCUUCGACUCAAGGUGUUAGAUGUACUGGAGCUGUGUGUGUAUGUACUGAGUGAGAGGGAAAAUGAACUGCUGCCCAUGGCUCAUCGCUGCUGGCCAGCCCUCCUACAGAGACUCACGGCUGAUGACCCAUUAGCAGUCCUCAGAGCCUUCAAGGUGCUGUUCACGCUGGGUGAAACAUGCUGUGACUUCUUGAGGAGGAGGGUUUCUAAGGAGGUUCUGCCCAAGCUGAGCGCCUCUCUGGCACGGCAGGCUCCGAUCAGCGCCAAGGCCGGGCCCGUCUACACUCACACCCUGGCCUACAAGCUGCAGCUGGCAGUGCUGCAGGGGCUGGGCUCACUAUGCCAGAGGCUUAAUCUGGGUGAAGCAGACCUGGAUGCAGUUUGUGAGGCCUGUCUGCCCUACCUGAGCUGCAGACAACCCAUCAGACUGCAAGAGGCUUGUCUGAGUGUUUUCCGACACUUAAUCCAGGUGGAUCCAGACACCUUCUGGUUUACUCUAAAUGAGCUGCACUGUCCGUCCUCCUACACUCCACCCCACCCCGACCUCCACCCUGUACAGCUGAGCGGGAUGGCCAGGCCGAGGGAUGAGUACUCCCUCAACGUGCUGAAGCUGCUGAACGAGGAGUUUGGCGCGGUCACUGAGGCGUUCGACCAGACACUUGGCUAAUGAGCUGGGAACUAAUGCCACCGUCUCAUCUCCCAAAUACACGGCUUUUUGAACCUCUGCCUGUGACAGUUCAAUUAACUGAAACAAAAUCUGUGCUGAGAAACAGCCUUAGAUAUAUGUGAUAACCUUCAUGCUGUACACAGUGAUGAUAAGCAGCAAGUACAAAAGAAGAUCUUAUUUGAGCGUCUCAGUACAAUCAAACCUGACAUGCUGUUGGGAACAUUCAGUGACAGUACUGAUGUUUUUCUUUUCAAUAGCUGUAAAUGUUAUAUUUGCUAUUUCUUUUCAUGCCAUUUCUUUGUUUUCUAAAGAAAUUCUCAUCCAGUACUACCUUGCUAGUUUGAAAUAUUCAACCUCAAGUUACAGAUUGUUUCUGGAAACAGAUCGCAUUGAGAGGAGGCCCUGACUUUAAUCUGGAAUGUACUCACCAACAUACUUCCACCAUUCAAAAAAUGAGAAGUAGGCUUUACCUUCAAACCUUCCUGGUAGUGACUAAAAUGUGUCCAAAGUGUGAGCACAGAGUAUGGCAAAUCUAGCAUCAAUGGCCUCUUUCACAUUAUCCCUGAAGACAAAUACAUCCUGUUCACAUUCCUUAAAGUACAACAACAAAAAGUAAAAUUGAUAAAGUCCACAUCUUUUUGAUUUUGAAAAUGUGAUGUGUUUACUUUGAACCUGAGGGGCGGCUAUGGCUCGGUAGAUAGAGCGUAUUGUCCAUGAACUGAAGGGUUAGUGUUUCGAUCCCCGAGUGUCCUAUAUGCCGAAGUGUCCUUGAGCAAGACACUGAACCCCCAGUUGCUCCCAGUGCAACUGGCACUGGUGUGUGUGCUUGGGUGGAUGUGUCUCUGACUGUAAAAACGCUUUGAGUACCUUUGAGUAGGUAGAAAAGUGCUAUAUGAGCAAGACCAUUUACUUUCCCCUUCCCAAGUGGAAACACCCUUCCCCCCCCCCCCUCUUUUUUUUAAAAAAAGGAUUUUUGCUGUGUAUUUAUGGCCCGUUCUUCAGGAAGGCUGUGGCAGGUGCAGCCGUGCAAGAAUGGAGGUUGUGUUAAUAUGGACACAUUGAACACAUCAUGACAAAGACACUGGCCAAUCUGUCACUGUUAUCAGUCAGAACCUUACACGGUCUAGAGCUGUGUAAAGGAAGGAAACAGAAAGUGCCCUCUACUAUCACAUCCCCUAACUGUCAGAGAACCCAAAGCCUCCCCUCCUCAUCGCCACACUUUUGGUGUGGGAAACAAAAUCACCACAUGUUUUGUAUUUAACUGCCCUGGCUUAAUGCUAGCGAGCACGGCACGGCACGGCGCCUCUUUAUCUCAUCCUGUGCUGUUGCUAUUUAUCCUCCUGCCAGUGCUGACAAUAGCACCAUUAGUCAUCAGCAACAGAAGUUGGGGGGGUUCUUUUGGCAGUGCCUAUUACACACAGGCAACUGCCUGACAUCGUUUCUCGUUGGGGAACACAUGCGCGCAUACACAGAGCAGGGGCUGAAAGCCAACCAUAGCUGAUAUAGAAGAGAGAAAACACCACCAUAGACAUAAAAGUGUGAACUUUAUGUUUUUUUUUCACUUUUUCCCUUCUGUAAGUCACUGAUUAAAUUUCCCGCCAUUCAGAGUUCUUUCAUAUACAAUUUAUUUCAUUUGAUAAAGGCAUACACUUAGUGUGAGACCAAACAUUCUAGAAGAAAUGUACAUUUCUCCACCUUUUUUCAACAGUAAUUUCUUCUUUACAAAACAUUAAAUUAAGGUUACCAGUUUAAAAGAAAAAAAAAUCAAUUCCACCAAUCACUGCUCCUUACCUUAAGCCAGCACACCAGUCAACAGUGACUGCCCACAGUAACUGAAGUUGCUGUUCCUCUGACGGAUAAUAACACAGAGAUGGAGAACCUCUCAUGGCCUUGACACACAUGACUAUUUUUUGCAGCAGAAUGGACAGCCAGUUUCAGUAGUGUGUUUCACUAACAUUAUCCUCUGAAUUCUUGCCCUCACUGCUGAAGGCUUUAACCAGUGUGUUAUCCACAUGAACCCUAUUCUAUCUGAUCUGUAUCGAUCAGUUAGUCUCGUAAUGUGCUCCACGUCACCUUCAUAAACAAGGUUUCUGCCUUGUACAACUGUCGAAGCAUGGUCAAGUUACAAAAAUGGCAGAGUAAGAUGGCUUCUCAGCCCUGUUCAAAACAAGUGGCACACAUCUUCAGGUUCAUUUAAAUAUAGUAAAUUACGUGUUUGCGGCCCUGCACAUACAGUAGUUUAAGAAUUACUGCUUAAGUACUAAGAUACAUUAGGGAAACCCCUCUGAGCAGCUAUGAAUAUAAUGUGUCAUUCAUCUGUCUGUACAGCACUUUUGGAGAGCAACAGAAAACUGCUUUGGAAACAAAAAAAAUCUAGUUGACAGGACUUCUGAAGCAAUAAAUUCAGAUCAAAGUGAGAAGUGUAUAUAUAUGUGUGUGUGUGUGUGUGUGUGUGUGUAUUUAUAUAUACAUUAUUUUUUAAACAGACAAACUAAUAAAUGGAAAAGAACUGACACUGUAUUGUGUUUGAAAAAGUUUUUUUAAGAAAAUGUCUGAACAUGCACUAAUUUUAUUUGAUAUUAUACAGUCAUAUAUACACAUUGGAUUAGAGGCUUGUAGUGGAGAGGAUUGAGGCUUUUUUAUAAAUGGUUCAUGAGCACUGGGCCAGCACAUCAGGAUAAGAGAAAUAAGCUGG